AUGCCUGACCUUAAGCGGCGUCGCUUGAUGGGCAAGCAACCGGCGCCAGAGGGGCAAAACAACAGAGAUGCGCGCAACGUGCUUACGACGUGGCUUCGCGACAGAUGGGUUGCAAGCCGCAUGAGCAGGGAAGGCCUGACAGGACACGCAGUUCGGAAUACAUUGCGCUUGGCGUUCAAUGCCUUGGCUCCGGAAGACAAAGCUGCGUGGUUGAGGCUCCGGCUGGAAGCCGAUUUUCCUGUACACUUUCGCGCUGCGGCCUCAGCAUUGUUGAGCUUGUGGCAGUCAGAGAGACCAAUUGUUGAGGAGACCCGUGUACCAGCUUGCUAUAGAGGCAAUGGCACCAUGUUUCGGUAUUCAGGCUCAUUCAGCAAGAUUGUCGACGCUGAGACCUCAGCUUUGCUGGCGGCUGGACAGGCAGAAACUAUUCCCGAUGUUUGCGCCAAGCUACGGGGCCACCCGCAACUUUGUGCGCUCUGGGACGAGUUCACAGCCUUCUUUGAAAGACUCCAGGCCUCUUUCCACUUGGACCGCUGGACUCUGGCCUUGGAGCUGCAUUGCAAAGUGUCGGUUCAGACUCAAGUCCCCUCCAUUCACUUUCAUGCGAUGUUUGAUAGCAGGAAGCCUGUGAUUUUACCGAAGAGCGCGCUUGAUUUUCGUGGCGCAGGACCUCACAUUUCUGUGGACGCCCCGCACGCCAGAGGUCGGGCAUGCAAGAGAGCCUACGACCAAGGACACUUCUAUUUGCAGGUCCCAAAGAUAGGCGGUAUUUUCAUGCGCACCAAUUCCCCCGCAUAUGAUGCAUUUGCUGUGACUCCCGAAUGGAUCACGUCAUUGUGGCAAACCUGCAAGAUCACCAAGGACACAGCAGAGAAAGAGUAUAUUCGCGCUAAGAAGCACGUUCGAGCUUAUGUUGACAAUGUGCACUACCACUCACAAUGUGAGCGGGCGCAGGCUGUGGCAGAAAAGAAGGCGCAGGCCUUGGGAGAACUGCAGCUUCUCAAAAAAGAGGCAGUGCGGAUCGAUGCUGUAGAUGCUGACUUCCUACCACAAUUCAAUUCCCUGGCUUUCCGGCGGAAAUUUUUGGUGCUGGAUGGGCCUACCCGUCUAGGCAAAACCAUCUACGCCAGCAGCCUGGCUGGAGAGGCAAACACUUUGGAAGUAAACUGCGCAAACGUGUCGGAACCAGACUUGAGGGCUUUUGACCCUUUGCGACACAAAGCCAUCGUGUUUGAUGAGGGUUCACCGGCUAUGGUGAUAGCGCACAAGAAGCUCUUUCAGGGUGGAGUCGAAGAAGUGUCCAUGUCACAUUCGAGCACGAACAUGUACUCGUACAAGGUGUGGGUGUACAACUGCAUGCUCAUUUUGACAUCAAACAAAUGGCGGGAGGAGGCUGCCGCCAUGGAUCAGGCAGACCAAAGUUGGUUGGCGCAGAAUUCGGUGCUAGUAAUUUGUGAGCGGCCACUGUACCGGCAAUAGUGCGGCAGCAGAAAAGGAUUUGCAUAGGACGGACGUUUGGGGGAUGGGGCAAGAAUCUUUGAAUUUGAAUUGAGAAAGGUUUGCCAGCGCGAUGUUUUUUCUGCUCACAUCCCACGCCCAAAUCCCAAAGGUAGAGUGAACACUGGAAAGGCGGACGACAUGGA